AUAAUUCAUCUAAACAUCAGCCGAACAAUGUUAUAGAUCUGUAAAUUUGCUUUCGCAAAUUUAUUUGUUCUUCCCUCGCCGGGAUUCAAACUCAUACUACUGAGAUAUCGUGGCACAAAAUCGUAUUGCACUAUAUCCAACACGUUAGACCACUCGACCACCUAGGUUUCACAUAUAUAUUACAUUAAAAAACAAUUCUGAUAGCCUCAAUUACAGAAUUUGUAGUGAUGAUGAAAGGUCAUGAAAGGCCUUGUGAAAAACACUUCAUUAAACAUGUUAAAAAAUACACAUUGAACCAAUUUUUUUGAUGUAUUCACAAUUCAUUUUUAUUAAACAUCUUUUAAUUAUAUAAUAAACAAUACAGGAAUGAUACAUGCUGGUAUUGGCGAGACUCAGCUCAACAACUUUUUGUCAUCACUUAAUGUCCAUUGCAUAGAUGCAAAGACCUUGAAAAUUAGAGAAAAUGAAGCCGGCAGUGUUCUUGAGAAUCAGGCCAUCAUGUCACAACAAAGACACUUGCAAAGGGAAAUAUUGAAUUCCACAACAGAAGAUCAAACAGACAGUAGAAGUGGAAUAUGCAUAAGUACUGAUACAUGCUGGCAGAAAAAAGGAUCUGGCCGAUCGUACAACAGCUUAUCAGGAGUUUCAACACUGAUUGGAAAAACCACAGGCAAAGUUGUAAACCAUAAGGUUCGCAUAUCAAGCUGUAGAAUUUGUGAAAGGGCAAAGAGCAGAGGUGUCUUACCACGACAACAUAAGUGUAGAAAGAAUUGGAGUGGUUCGGCAAAGGGUAUGGAACCAGAUAUGGUAGUCGAAAUGUUAAAGGAAUUAGAUGAAAAAGGAGUGGAUAUAUUAGAAGUAGUAGGAGAUGAUGAUUCCACAGGGUUUGACCGAGCCAAGCAAUUAAUGCCCAAUUCAAAAAUGGAAAAAAUAAACAAGGAUUCUUAUAUCCAUUCAAAUCUUCCCCGUGGAAAAGACCUAUGUUCGUCUGAACUCAGAUCAGAUCUUUAG